AUAACAAAUUAACAUUAGAGAAGAGGAGUAUUUAGGUAGGCCAUGCAUUGAGGAUUUAAGAUUUUGCUCAUUGAUGUAAGCUAGGGUUCAGAGCUAAGUGAAAUUCGACCGGCAAUCCAUGGAAGUCGUCAACCACAAUUCCAAACGCAAACGCAACGCCGACGAGUACGAACAAGAUGGAUACGGAGGCGGCCGGCCGGCACCUCUGGACACAACGGACGGUGGAAUUGAUCUCUCCCUUCUUGAAGCUCUUGAAAAAUCGCAGCAGGUCGCCGUCGAGGCUCUCGACCAGAAGACGGUGAAAAAGCUCGUCCUCUCAUUCGAACGCCGCCUCAAAGAAAACAUUGCAGCCCGGCUCAAGUACCCGGACCAGCCAGAUAAAUUCGUGGACUCUGAAAUGGAACUCCACGAUGAGAUUCAGAAACUGAAAGUAAUGGCCGGUGGACCGGAAUUCUACCCGGAUUUAGUAAAUCUGGGCACGGUUGCUUCCAUUACCAGCUUGAUUAAUCACGAAAACACAGAUAUAUCCAUAGACGUUAUUGGGCUGCUUCAGGACCUCACUGAUGAAGAUGUUCUGGAGGACAAUGACGAGCCGGCUCAAGUCUUAGUUGAUGCUCUCAUUGAGAACAAUGCUCUUGAGCUGCUUGUUCAGAACCUCAGCCGAUUAUCUGACACCGAUCCAGAUGAAUCUGCAGCAAUAUACAACACUUUAGCUACGAUUGAAAACUUCAUUGAAGUGAAGCCAUCAGUGGCGGAGCUUGUGUGUGAGAGAACCAAGCUUAUGAAGUGGUUAUUGAGUAGACUCAAGGUGAAAGAGUUUGACAGCAAUAAACAAUACGCUUCUGAGAUUUUGGCUAUUUUGUUGCAGAGUAGCACGGCCAAUCAGAAGAGGUUAGGGCAAAUGAAUGGGGUGGACACAAUUUUGCAGGCUGUAGCAGCUUACAAAUCGAAGGACCCCAAGUCACCGGACGAGGAAGAGAUGGUUGAGAAUUUAUUUGACUCGCUAUGCUGUUUGUUAAUGCCAUUGGAGAACAAAGAAAGAUUUGUGAAGUCUGAAGGAGUUGAGCUUAUGAUAAUAAUUAUGAAUCAAAAGAAGCUAUCUUAUGGUUCUGCAAUAAGGGCAUUGGACUUUGCAAUGACUAAUUACCCCCCAGCUUGCGAGAGAUUUGUGGACGUGAUGGGGCUAAAGACUGCAUUUCCAGCUUUCAUGGCUUCCUUUGAGCAAAAAGAACAAGAAGCGCUACAAGGAAGAAUUGGAAGAGCGCCUCGUAUCACUCAUUGCAUCAUUACUUGGUGGAAUAUUAAGAGGGUCUAGAAGAGAGAGAUUGUUGAGUAAAUUUGUGGAGAAUGAAUGUGAGAAGAUAGACAGACUUAUGGAAUUAUACAUGAGAUAUUCUACUAGAGUGAAAAAAGAAGCUGCUAAGUUUGACCAGCUUGAACUUGAUGAUUUGGAGAUGGAUGAAGAUGAAAAGUACAACAGAAAGCUUGAAGCCGGACUUUAUACCCUUCAGUUGAUUGCUGUGAUCCUUGGUCAUCUGUGGACUUCUGAGCAUCCUCGGAUCCGAGCAAGGAUUGAGCUACUGUUGAAGCAGCAUAAGCUCACCAAGCAGGAUGUGAAAGAUAUACUCCAGGAAUAUCAUGACAACAUUGGCGAUUUCAGUGGACCGGAGGAGAAGGAGAGGACACAAUCAAGAAUCCAAAGGUUCAUAUCAGCCCUUUGAAUAUGUCUCUACAUAAUUCAGUCUGAGUUUUCUUAUGCAUGGGCUUCUUUUUUGUUUGUUUGGAAGCCCUUUGAGAUUUGAUCAUACCAAAGGUCUUUGAGAUUUGAUCAUACUAUUUGUAUGCCCCUUUGUUCAUUGGUGAGAAUGAAUGAACUCCAUGAAGGGUGGCCUAGUUUAGUGUCCCUAUAGAAAAAAACUGAUUUUAGUACUUCGUCUAUCCCAAAAUGAAUUUCAAUUCUUUUCUGUCGGUCUCGAGAUAAAGAGAAAAAGACAAAACUGGGAGUAUUACAUAAAAAAGCAUCAAAAUUGGA